GAUUUCCAUAUUUAAUGACUGUAGAAAAUGAAUCCAUUCUCAAUGCAUAUUUAUCACUUAGUGCUGAAGAACAAAAAAACACAUUUGAGGGACUUGAUUAUGAUCCAGAAGAAUAUGGCCAACUAGUUGUAGAUUUUUUAAAGUCUGAAGCAUUUGAGAAGCAAACAGAAUCAAACCCACCAUCUAAAAGGCCUUUAUAUCCAUCAAAACUUGGUAAAGAAAUUAGUAAAUCUGAUGUUCAGAGAUAUAUGCUUUUUUAUAUAGUUUCUCGAUAUUUUGUUGAAUCGCCUGGUUCACAUUGUACUCCUUUGGCUGGUAAAUAUUUACAACCACCAUGGUCACCACUAACUCAAUCGUCGACUAAAUCUUCAGAAACUGAUCUUGGCAGCAAGGUUAUUGACGAAUAAUGUUAUACACUAACGUUACAAGCUUUCUUAAUCAAUAAUAUUUCGUACUAUAACUUAUAAGAAACAUCUUUUCAGAUUGAUGAAGAAGACAUUUACCCAUGACUGUGAAUCGAGAAUGUUACUCCUUUCACUGCAAAAUCUUGUUUUGUCCCUUAAAGUAAAUUCACUUUUUCUUAGAUAAUAAGACACUUGUAUUCAUGAUUAUUCUUGCUUAAUAUGUCUUAAUAUAUGUUUACUUUUAUUUUUUGCUGUGCAUAUCUUAAAAUUGAAUGUUAUUUUUAAACUUAUCUCCAAAUCUGGAGUGAGAAAUAACAAUAUGUAAUAUAAGCAUUAAUAUUGUUGUUGAUUUCGUUUGUAGUAAAUGUUUACUCGAUUCUUUUCA